CUCCUCCAGGGGCCCCAAAGGGCGGCUGCCUGCCCGCUUGGCCCAGAGCGCCCUCCCCUUUCCGGCCAGGCCAAGAUUUCACUUUCAUUUCUCAGCCAGCUCCUGGGAGGAGCUGCUUCCUGCAGACGGAGCCCUGCUGGCGUUUCCAGUAUCACACCUCCAGAAACUAGGAGAAGACUCAAGUGUGGCAUAUAUUCAUCUGACACCAUGGUGGCCGUCUGACCCCGGAGUCCUGUCGUGCAGAUGCUACGUGAUCUCUUCUGACUUCUGUUGGACUCCCGGCUCACUGUUGGGAAUUGGUUGGGUCCUUGUGCAGGAAUCUUUAAGCAAGACGAGCCUCAGUGGUUUGGACAGGAAGAAGUGAGGGAGCAGCUGCUACGGCUUCACACAUCCUGUGAUCACACAGAAGUGGGUGAGCUGUUCCGUCUGCCGGGAGCUUUCGACAGAACCCCUCCGUCUAGGCUGUGGCCACGGCUUCUGCCCCGCCUGCAUCUCUGACAGCAAGGAGGCGUGUGGCUGUCCCGUGUGUGGUGUCAGCUACUCCCUGGGGAACCUGUGACCAAAGCAGCGUCUGCCCAGCAUCGUGGAGCGUCCCCCAGAGGUCGGGAUGAGCCCAGAGGACGGGUGGAAGGAAGAUCUCUGUCGGAAGCAUGGGAUGAAACUCCUCCUCUUGUGCAGAGAAGACCGGGAGGUCUUUUGUCUGUGUUGUGAAAAGACUCAGGAGCACCGUGAUCACCACCUGUGCCUCAUACGGGAUGCGGUCAAGGAGUGUCAGGAGAUGCUGCAGGCGGCGCUGAGGAGGCUGCAGAAGGAGCAGCAGGAAGCAGAGGAGCUGGAAGCUGACAUCAGAGAGCAGAGAACUUCCUGCAAGUAUCAGAUGCAGACAGAGAGACAAAGGAUUCGAAGCGAAUUUAAUCAGCUGAGAUGCAUCCUGGACUGUGAGGAGCAGAGAGAACUGCAGAAAUUGGAGGAAGAGGAAAGGAAGACCCUGGAUAACUUGGCUGCAGCCGAGGCUGAGCUGGUCCAGCAGAGCUGGCUGCUGAAAGAUCUCAUCUCGGACCUAGAAUGUCGCAGGGAAUGGCCCACACAGGCGCUGCUGCAGGACACGAGUGGAACCAUGAAAUGGGGUGAGGUCUGGACACUGAGGAAGCCAAAACUUGUUUCCAAGAAACUGAGGCGCGUCUUUCGUGCUCCGGAUCUGGGUGCCAUGCUGCAGGCGCAGAGAGAGCUAACCCACGUCCAGUGCUACUGGGAGGACAUCACGUUGGAUCCAUUCAACCUAAACUUGAAUCUUGUCCUUUCCGAAGAUCAGAGACAAGUGAUAUCUGUGCCGAUAUGGCCUGUUAAGUGCUACAAUUACGGUGUCUUGGGCUCCCAGUGUUUCUCCUCGGGGAAGCACUACUGGGAAGUAGAUGUGUCCAAGAAGACGGCUUGGGUGCUGGGGGUGUACUGCAGAGCUCACUCCUGUAACACAGAGCUGGCUCUCGGACGAGGCACAGAGCAUCAGAAUGCUCACGCCAUAUACAGACCUCAGUGUGGCUACUGGGUUAUAGGGGUAAAGAAUGCGUUUAAGUACAAAGCCUUCGAGGACGCUUCCACCUGUGAUCUCAACGUCUUGACUCUUCCCGGGGCUGUUCCUCCUCUUCGGGUCGGGGUUUUCCUAGACUGUGAAGCAGGUACUGUCUCUUUUUUCAAUGUUACAAACUAUGGGUCACUUAUCUACAGGUUCUCUAAAUGUAGCUUUUCUCAGAAUGUCUAUCCGUAUUUCAAUCCUUGGAACUGUCCAGCUCCGAUGACUGUGUGCCCAUCAAGUUCCUGAAACUUCCUAAUCCUUCACUGCUUGCUUGCUUGCUUGCUUGCUUUCUUUCUUUCUUUCUUUCUUUCUUUCUUUCUUUCUUUCUUUCUUUCCUUCUUUCUUUCUUUUUUAGCUAUAUCCACAGCAUACAGAGGUUCCCAAGCCAGGGAUAGGCUCAAAUCCACGUCACACCUGAGCCUCUGCAGUUACAGUGCCAGGUCCUUAACCCCCUGAGCCACAUGGGAGCUCCCCCUCAGCCAGUUCUUAUAGAGACUCUUGUCUUGGGUUUCAUCUUCUCUACCUGAGCUCUUCUGCCCCAUUCUCAUCAUCAUUCACACCAUCGUUCACACCCUCUCUUUCUUCUCACCUCCCUGCUGUGCUUUUGAAUUUUUUGGCUGCGCCUGUGGCAUACGGAAGUUUCUGGGCCAGGGCUCGAACCCACCCCACAGCAGUAACCAGAGCCACAUGUGACAACACUGGAUCUUUUUUUUUGUUUGUUCUCUUUUUAGGGCCGCCCUUGUGGCAUAUGGAGGUUCCCAGGCUAAGGGGUCGCAUCAGAACUGCAACCACUGGCCCACACCACAGCCACAGCAAUGCAGGAUCUCAGCUGCGCCUGUGACCUGCAGCACAUCUCAUGGCAGUGCUGGAUCCUGAAUCCACUGAGCAAGGCCAGGGAUCAGCCCUGCAGCCUCAUGGAUCCUAGUUGGGUUCAUUACCACUGAGCCACAGUGGGAACUCCCACACUGGAUCUUUAACUCACUGAGCCACCAGGGAACCCUCCCAGUACGCUUUAGAACUUGUGCUCAUGCUUCGGAUGUACAGCGCAUCUGGUUUGAGUUAGCGGAGAUUCUUAUGUACCCAUUGACCCUGUUUGGUUUUUCUCAAGGAAGGACGUUCAGUCUUUCCGAAAGACAGAGCGGGACCAGUAGAAUGUCCUUGCCCUCCCGCUUGUCCAUAUUGCCUCUUUUUAUCACUGACCCGAGGAGCCGUGGCACGGCCUGUCUGCCACCGUCUGUGUGUUCAAGACAGUCUGCGAUCCCCCAUCCAACCAGGAGGUCUUUGAGUGAGUGUUUGUGGCUCAGGACAACCAGGUUCCUCAAAGGGUCACAGAGAGGAAAACCCACACGACACACGUACCAGAGUCAGGAGUUUAUGUCUAGGGUGUUUGAUGUCUAAUCCUGUCUGUUCCUACACAAGGUGCGUCACGAUGCAUAAACGCUGGGUUUCUUUGUCCUUAAAUACAAACUGGGGUUUAAAACUGUACCUGCCUCUCAAGAUCCUUGUGUAAAAUGAAAUGUCUCUCAAUAUAAAGCAACUGUUUAAGGGUCCCGUCCAAUUUAAUAAAGAUUUGCUCUCGCGAUUA